GUCCACGACGUGCAAGCAAGUUUGAUGGUGGCAAUACACAUCAAUAUGGAAUAUAUCUCAACUCUUCGAAGAAAUUUGAUGCAUUUUCAAUAUCAUUUUGGAUCACAAUGUCUGAUGAUGUUUAUUACGAGACCCAACAUGCAUCGAUAAUAUCCUAUGCUUUUAAAGAAAAAGGCCAAGUCAAUUCAAACGCUCCUUUAUUUCUUAUCUUAAACAAGAAGUUGUCUAUGUUUUUCCUUGGCCCAGAUAUUAGAACUGACAUUAGUGAUAUAUUUGAUGGAAAACAACAUCAUAUUAUGAUCACGUGGCAAAAGGUUGAUGGACAAUUGAUCAUUUACAAAGACGGCGAACAAAAAUAUUCAAAAAUUGUUGCAAAAGAUCGAACUCUUCUAGCAGGAGGAGUAUGGGUGGUUGGACAAGAUCAAGACACUUUUGGUGGAGGAUUUCAGAUUCGUAACUGUUUCAAAGGAAUUAUAGAUGCUGUAUACAUAUGGGACAAAGUUUUGUCAAUUGAUGAGAUAAAGCUACUGGCAAAAAACUGCAAUGCAUAUUUAAGUGGAUACAGUAUUGGUUACCAUGACUUUGAAUUUACUAAUACUACUAAUCGUGUUGUGCCAACUUGCUCCACAUAAACAUCACAGCUUUAUUCCGUUUCUUUUCUGAUAUACUAUUACAACUUGUAGAUAUUUCUAUAGAUUUAACUUUGUUUUAAUAAAUUUUUAUGUUAAGUUAACAUAUAACGACAGCUCCAUGAUGUAAGUAGGUUAAAUUUACUGUUUUAAUGGCAUUAUAUAGAAUACUUGAUA